AAAAUGUUACUCUUUAUUUCACUUCUCAUUCUUUCAUUCCCCUCCACUCCACACUCUCUAAACCAAGAAGGCCUAUUUCUCCAACGAGUCAAACUCGCUCUAACCGACCCAACUCACCAACUCACUUCUUGGGACAAUCGUGACUCCACUCCAUGCGACUGGUAUGGUAUCCAAUGCGACCCGUCAACUCACCGAGUCAUCUCCGUCGACCUUUCCAACUCACAACUCGCCGGUUCUUUCCCCACCUUUCUUUGCCGCCUCCCGAAUUUAACGUCAAUUUUUCUGUUCAACAAUUCAAUCAGCGGUUCUCUGCCGGCCCAAAUUUCCGACUGUCAAAAUCUUGAAUCUUUAGACCUGAGUCAGAAUCUUUUAGUUGGGACUAUCCCUGAGUCGUUAUCCGAGUUGAAAAAUCUCAAGUUCUUGAAUUUGGCGGCAAAUAAUUUAACCGGUGAAAUUCCCGUUAAAUUCGGUGAAUUCAAGAAUCUUGAGAUUCUUUUGCUAGCGGGUAAUUUUCUUAACGGAACUAUACCGAGUCAGCUCAGUAAUAUAUCUACACUUCAGCAUCUUAUACUUGCUUAUAACCCGUUUCAACCGAGUCAAAUUCCAACUCAGCUAGCUAAUUUAACCAAUCUUAAAGAACUUUGGCUUGCUGAUUGUAGACUCUUUGGCCCAAUUCCACCAGUUUUGAGUAGACUAACUCGGUUGGAGAAUUUGGACUUGUCUGAUAAUUGGCUUACUGGGUCAAUCCCGAGUUCGUUCUCUGAGUUCAAAAGUAUAGUUCAGAUUGAACUGUUUAAUAACUCUUUGUCAGGUUCUUUAUCAGUUGGAUUUUCAAAUUUGACAACUCUGAGAAGAAUUGAUGUUUCAAUGAAUCAGUUAGCCGGGUCGAUUCCGAAUGAUUUGUGCGAGUUAGAACUCGAAUCGUUGAACUUGUUUGAGAAUAGACUUGAAGGUAAAUUACCAGAGAGUAUAUCAAAGUCGCCAAAUUUAUAUGAACUCAAGCUGUUUAACAACAAACUUACCGGUGAGUUACCGAGUCAACUCGGUUUAAACUCGCCUUUGAAGUCAUUCGAUGUGUCGUAUAAUAACUUUUCCGGUGGAAUACCGAAGACUUUAUGUGCAAAAGGGGAAUUACAAGAUCUUAUUCUGAUACACAAUUCAUUUUCCGGAAAAAUUCCUGAUAAUCUCGGAAAAUGUUACAGUCUAGGCCGAGCUCGGUUACGGAAUAAUCAGCUUUCUGGCGCAGUUCCUGUCGAGUUUUGGGGCCUUCCAGGAGUGUAUUUGAUUGAUCUUAUUGAUAAUUCUUUAUCAGGGUAUGUUUCAAAUAAAAUUUCCUCUGCUCAGAAUCUUUCUGUUUUAUUACUCUCAAACAAUAAAUUUUCCGGGAAAAUUCCUGGAGAGAUUGGUGUUCUUGGAAAUUUGAUUGAGUUUUCUGCUAGUAAUAAUAUGUUUAAUGGUUCGAUUCCGGAUAAUUUUGUGAAAUUGAAUUUGUUAAAUAGGCUUGUUCUUGAUAAUAAUGAGUUAUCCGGUGGAUUCCCAUCAGGAAUUCAAGGUUUGCAGAGUUUAAACGAGCUUAAUUUGGCAAAUAAUAAGUUAUCAGGUGAAAUCCCAGCUGAAAUUGGAGAUUUUCCGGUUCUUAAUUAUCUUGAUCUUUCCGGGAAUCGAUUUUCCGGGAAAAUCCCGCUUGAAUUGCAGAAACUGAAGCUGAAUAUGUUAAACCUGUCAAACAAUCUACUUUCUGGGGACAUUCCUCCUCUUUUUGCCAAGGAUAUGUACAAGAACAGUUUUGUCGGAAAUCCGGGUUUAUGCAAUGACUUGGACGGUCUUUGCCCUCGAGAUCGCGGCGCGAAACAGCUGAGCUAUUCGUGGAUUCUUAUAUUAAUUUUUACAUUUUCCGGAUUAGUUUUCAUUGCUGGAGUUGGUUGGUUCUACUUCAAAUUCAGGAAUUUCAAGAAAAAUUCCAAGAAAGUCGUUACUAUUUUAAAAUGGAGAUCUUUUCAUAAGCUCGAUUUCAGCGAAUUCGAGAUUGCUAAUUAUCUUAACGAAGAUAAUGUGAUCGGAAGUGGAGCUUCAGGAAAAGUCUAUAAAGUUGUUCUAAGCAAUGGUGAGACAGUUGCAGUAAAGAAACUACGCGGACCGACCAAGAAAUACGAUGAUGCUAAUGCCGAUUCCGAUUCCAACAAAGGCGAAUUCGAAGCGGAAGUCGAAACGUUAGGGAAUAUUAGGCACAAGAACAUUGUUAGAUUAUGGUGUUGUUGUAAUACAGGAGACUGCAAAAUUUUGGUGUAUGAGUACAUGCCAAAUGGGAGCUUAGGUGAUUUGCUGCAUAGUACCAAAAGUGGAUUGUUGGAUUGGAAAACAAGGUAUAAGAUUGCAUUAGAUGCAGCUGAGGGAUUAUCUUAUCUGCAUCACGAUUGUGUUCCUCCGAUCGUUCAUCGCGAUGUGAAAUCGAAUAAUAUUUUGUUGGAUGAAGAAUUUGGUGCUAGAGUUGCAGAUUUUGGAGUUGCUAAAGUUGUUCAUGGAGUUAAUAAGAGGAUUGAAUCCAUGUCUAUGAUUGCUGGUUCAUGUGGUUACAUUGCGCCAGAAUAUGCAUACACUCUAAGGGUGAAUGAGAAGAGUGACAUCUAUAGUUUUGGAGUAGUCAUAUUAGAAUUGGUGACAGGCAAAUUACCAAUAGAUCCACAAUUUGGAGAAAAGGACUUGGUGAAGUGGGUUUACACCACUUUGGAUCAAAAAGGAGUAGAUCAUGUAAUUGAUUCAAAACUUGAUUCAGUUUACAAGAAUGAAAUUUGUAGGGUUCUUGAUGUCGGUCUAAGGUGCACGAAUUCGCUCCCGAUAAACCGCCCGUCGAUGCGAAGAGUAGUGAAAUUCUUGCAAGAGAUUGCUAAUGUAGAGAAGAAGAGUAAAUCAAGCAAAAAAGAUGGGACAUUGUCUCCAUAUUAUUAUGAAGAAGCUUGUGAUGAAGUGUAGUUAGAGGAAUUAAUUUAGUUGAAAAAACAUAAAUUAAAAGUUAGAUGGUGAAGUUUCAUUUGCCUAUUAGUGUUUGAUUUCAUGGGGCAAAGGGAAUUAUUGAUUGUAAUGUGAUGGAUGUUGUCUUAGGCUACAUUAAUACCAUACUAGUAUAGAUUAAGACAUUAAUGAAAUUAAUCAUAUCUUUUCAUUA